CAUCUCUUUACUUCGCGCGCUCUAAUCUGAUCCGGUUCUCUCUCGACGCGCCACCGCUCCAUCACUAUCUCCGCCGCUCAGAUCCCGGCUGUUUCUUCUAUAAGUACAUAUAAGAGCCAUGCCAACAUUUACUACUGUAGCUGCUUUGGAUAGGUUGUUAGAAUCUAGAGAUUCUAAAUCUGUUGAUAGGUCUGGCUUUUAUUCAAAACCACCUCCCUCUCCUAACUCAAAGCUUCGGAGGAGGAACAGUAGUACAUCAGCAACAGAAUGGAAGGUUAACCGCCCCCAAAUUUCACCUGUUCUGUAUGCUACUCCUGAAACAACUCAACUACCUGAUUCACCAUCCCUUUUCACUCCUCCUUACAUCAUAAAUCAUAAGCGCCAUGGGCCUUCCCUUUCAAGGACCUCUUCUGACGUAAUAUCUCGGAGACGAACCCUUGAAGAAGAUGAGUUUACCAAAGCAAAGCUGGCAGAACCUAAAUCUGUUGAUUUUUCAAAGGAUAGUUCUGUUACUUUUAGCAUUCAUGAACCUAAUAAAGAGAAACAUCGAAAUGAUAUCGAUAAAGGCCCUGUCAAUGUGGAGCAGGCAAAUGUACAUGGUGGCUCCAUUCAAGAUGAACACAUGGAUGGUGCUCAUGAUGGUAAAUUUGGGAUCAGUAAUGGAGAAGUUGGAAGCUGCCUAAUGAGUGAUGCUUCGGCCGUGGAUGGUGCUCUGUCGAAGGUCGGAUCAGUGAACUCAGUCAGAUCGGGUGAUAAUGAAGAUUUCUUUGAUCCUAACGAAACAGCAAGCGCCACCAGUACUACUGAGGGGGAUCAUACUGUGGCAGAAGUUGCUGCAAAAUCUGCUAAGUCAGGGAUAGAUUUUUAUGAUGCAUGUGACGAAUUAUCCUCAGCGAGCGCACCGCAAUCUGCAGUUCGCGACAUCGAAGCUGAACUGCAUGAAAUAAAAUCAAGUUUACUUGUGGAGAUGGGGAAGAGGAAACAGGCAGAAGAAGCUUUGAACAAUAUACAAUGCAAGUGGAAAACAAUGAGGCAAGAGUUGGCUGUUGUGGGAUUGUCACUGCCCGCGGAUCUGUUCGAUGUGACAGAGGAUGAGCUGUUGAAACCAGUUGAAGAACUGAGGCAGCAAGAGAGUGUUACACGACUUGUAUCUUUAUCCGUGGGAAGAGGCAUUGCGAGUGCAGAGAUGGGGAUGGAGAUGGAAUCUCAAAUUCAAUCAAAGAACUUCGAAAUGGCGCGAUUGUUGGACCGGCUACAUUAUUACGAGGCUGUGAAUCGGGAAAUGUGUCGGAGGAACCAAGAAGUUAUAGAGAUGGCACGGCGUGAUAGACAAAGGAAGAAAAGAUGGCAGAGAUGGGUGUGGGGUUCCAUAGCCACUGCAAUUACCCUGGGCACGGUGACCUUGGCAUGGUCUUACCUCCCAACAGAAAAAGGAUUAUCGACAUCUUCUGCUGGCAUUCCUCGUGCUUCUGAUAAUGAUGAUACAGCAACCACUAAGUGAGAUAAAUCUAUUGUGAUAACUGAACCCA